AUGUUGUAUUUAUGUAUCUAUAAACGGCAAAGGCUAAGAUGGUUUGGUUCAAAGUCAGUUCUCAAUGCAGUAUAUGCUGAUGCUGAGGAGGAUCUAUCUAUGGCUCUUGCAUUAGCCAGCACAUGGACCAUGUUCAUUGCAUUUGGAAGUUUAGUGUGUAUUGGGCCAAUAUCUUACACCGUUGGCAUGGCUUAUCAAAAUGCCUUCAGUUCAGUUAAGGUGCUUCAAGGACUGUGGAGGAAUGAUUUGGUGUCACUAAAAGGUGCAUGUCCAAAUUGUGGAGAAGAGGUAUUCGCAUUUGUGAGAAUAGACAGGAAUAUUGACUCACCUCACAAACAGAUUGUCAUGUGUGUGUGUGAAUGCUUAUUAGAAUUUCGCACCAACAUGGAGCGAUCAGUUUCAAGAUUCGGUAGACAGUGGGUUUAUGGGCGUAUUCACCUUGUUUCACCGAGAGGAAGAUCCCAACGCCAAAGGCAACUGUAAAUUACCUUUUCAGCUUUUGUGAUUUGCUUCAGCAAUAGUCAAUAGCAAGGAUAUGAAUAGCAUCAAUUUUUUUUUAACAGUUUUUGCCUGAAACCAAUUUGAUAUACUUUUUGUAAGGACGAAGUGGACAUGUUGGGAUGGACAAUUAUUUCUUUGAUUUGAAUGCAAAUUCAAUUGGUACUGUGCAAGAUUUUGCAGUUUGAUAUGCAACUUUUUUUUACAUAAUUCAUUUGAUAGCAGAUCUUAAGUAGAAUGUCCAUGUUUAUUUAUUUCAUUUGAUAAUAUUCAUUUUAUAGGAAUGUUGAAUUAUCAUGACAGUUGAUAAUCUCAUGUAAUGCAGAAACACAAUGGUUGUGUACACUUGUUGAUCUAUGUAUUCUUUUUCUUGUACAUGGUGCUAUUGCCACAGGU